AUGCGCAGUGCUCUCCCUGUGCGCUCUACUGUUUGCAUUGUGUCUGAACUGCCGGCGAGCUUUAAAAAUAUUAAACCCACCGCGGCAAUGUCGGGCAGGUCAGUCCGAGCUGAGACCCGGAGCAGGGCGAAGGAUGACAUCAAGAGGGUCAUGGCCGCUAUUGAGAAAGUACGAAAAUGGGAGAAGAAAUGGGUGACUGUAGGAGACACGUCCCUUCGUAUCUAUAAGUGGGUUCCGGUGACGGAGCCUAAAUCAGACGACAAGAACAAGAACAAGAAGAAGGGCAAAGAUGAGAAAUACGGCUCAGAGCUGACGACUCCAGAGAACAGCUCCUCUCCGGGGAUGAUGGACAUGCAUGACGACAACAGCAACCAGAGCUCCAUCGCCGACUCGUCUCCGGUGAAACAGGAGAACAGCUGUAGCACCAGCCCGGCCCCAGAGCCCACCACCACCACCACCACCACCACCCCCACGCUGCACCGCGACAACAGCGACGCCAAGACUGACCAGAGCCCGGACAGCAAGAGGGGUAAGACCACCCCGUCAUCAGAGACCUCAGAGAGAGCACAAAGUGCCAAGAGAGACAGUCUGUCCUCAGGGGAGAAGGACUCUUCAGACAGUAAAUCCACUCAGGACCUACAGGAGGAGGGCCCCCCCAGCAAGAAAAACAAACUGGAGUCCUCGUCUCAGGACUUUGAGGAGAGUUAAAUGUUUUGGAGUCGUCUCCCUCCCGCCUCCCUCCUCUGUACCUCCCUCCAUUAACUCUAGAUAAUUUAGGGCUAAUGGACACACACCACCUCUCCCCUCUUACUCCUCCUCCUCCUCCUCCUCCUCUCCUCCCUCUUCUCCACCCAAACUCUUCUAAAGGGAGAAUGGACGCCUCCCUCCUCCCCUCUCCUCCUCCCCCUCCUCCUCCCCCUGUUUGCCCCGACACUCCCCCGCCACAGAGGGAGAAUGGAUAUUACCUCCGAGCUUCCUUCCAGUCCUCCACACUUUUCACUAAUGCCAAGAGAAGCCCCCCGGGCUGCAGUCCCCUCUGUGGCCAGGGGGGGGGGGGCAGCGCUGUCAGCCCAGCCACCGCCAGGCCAGACGACAAAACACUGACCUGCAUCUGUGACUAAAAAAGAGUAACACUGGGGACCCUGCGACGGCCCCCGUCCGCCUCCUGUUAGACUAAUGUUCUAUAUUUGUUUAGGAAACGUUUAGGGUUUUUUUCUCAGGAGGGUCAAUGCACUGUUAUGGUAUGUCACAAUCGAUCACAGAUAGAUUUGCUGCUGUAGUGGACGUCUUUUUUCUCCAUUCACGUGUUUUUUUGUUUCUUUGUUUGUUUUGUUUUUUUAAAGUGAAUUAGUUUGUGGUUUUUGUAGAGGACGGAGAUGACGACGGUACUGGUGGAGAUGGGUAGUGAAGGCGGGCGUAGCUAGCGUAGGUCCUGGAGGUGUGUGUGUGCCUUGAGUUGCUACGAUUUAAGACUCGUUUUUAGGUCAAGCAGGUUCUGAUUUACAAUGUUGGUGCCAUGGUUUCAUUUUGUUUUCUGUUUUUUUUUUUUCGCCUUAUAAUUGUCACUAAGUUCAUGCGACUACAACAGUUUGAUUUUUAAAGGAAUGUGUAGAUUUUUGUUUCCUUGCUGAGAGCUCAAAGUGAAGCCAGGAGAGCUAGCUUAGCUUAGCGUAGCUUAGCAUACAGGCCGGCAGCAAAGGGAAGCUGCUAGCUUGAGUCAGUUCAGAGAUGAUAAACUCCACCGAUCGAAGUGAAAAUUAAGAAAGUUCAGCUUUGUAACCGUGACGUCCAGGAGCUAACGCCGCUAACGAGUUAACGAGGUUUUGUAGCAUUUUCUCCGUAACUAGUUUACUUCUAAUCCUCCGGUUCUGUGGUUAAACGGAAUCAUCGUUGGACUCAACCUUGAUCCGCCGUGCGUCACGUCUCACGUUGUAGCUUGUCGCUCUGAACGUAGCAUUAGCUGUUACAGAGUUUACGCUAAAGCUAACGUCUCCUGGUGCUAACUUCUCUUCACGCGACGCCUCUCAGCAAGGAACCAGAGGAGCGAACUAUUCCUUUAAGAGCUGGAGACUUUGGUUUGAACACUAGCCAGACGUUAGCUCAGUCGUCUGAGACCCUGUGGACUCCCGGUGACUGAUCCGUGUCUUCUCCUGAAACACAUGUUACUCCUCCUCUCAUUCGUCCUGUGCGUCACUACUUUCUCUACGACGACAGAAGGGUCCAGGGUCCAGUCUUUAGCUCCGGCGUCGGUUCUAAUCCUCCUUUCAAGGUGCUGUCUGUCGGCUGAAUCCUUACGGCCCCAUCGAGCUCUCGGCUUUUGUGCAGAUUCGCGCAAUUUACUUGAACUUUUAAUCGUACGGAUUCAGACCUAGGACCUCUAAUGUAAAACCUCACGCAUGUCACCAUUUACUUUACCAAUCGAUAUAUUUGUGGAUUGAAAUCACUGCGGACCGACGACUUCGUCACACGCGCAGGGGCUGUCGAUUCACACCGAAUAAUUACUUGAUCAGAUUUCAGAGAAUCAGCGUUUCACAUGGAUGGAGAGAAAAGAAACUAAAAGCUGAGAGUUGUGUCGGUUUAGAGGAUGGAUUAGCAUAUACCUCAUUCCCAGUCCAGCAGCGCUGGAACUUAAAAUGCUAUUGUAUUGACAUUAACAGUUAUAAACAGCAUUAUGUACACUCAGUUCAAAAUAAAAUAUCUCACUUACGUUGUAGCUUUCACCCGAUCGAGCCAAUUGCUUAUAGUUUGCUCAUAACUGUGUGUUUAAAGAAAAAAAAAAUGAAACAAAAAAAGAGCUGUGAGAUAUGAAAUCCUGUUGUUUUUUUCUUUUCUUGGGACCAUUUUGUUUUUCUUUAGAUCGUGUACAGAUUUAUGGUUUGGUUUGACUUAUUUAUUCCAUCAGUAGUGCUUGGUUUUUAUCAUGUCCAAUGGUUUUGUUUUCUUAAUAAAAGUCACAAAAACGUU